GGUAGCGUGCAGAGUUUGAGAUACCACUACUCGGGAGACAAUCAUGGAGGUGGCAGCCAGUGACAAGUGGUUCUGCUGCAGCUGGCUCCGCCACAAGGUUCCCCGGAACCUCAGGGAGGAACUGUACCACCUCCUGAGGAUGACGGGGCCCAUUCUGAUGACUCGAAUUCUCGAUUAUAUGCUUCCUUUCGUGGUCACGAUGUUCUGUGGCCGUCUGACUAGUGAGGUGAUGGCCGGCUAUGGAUUAGCAACUGCUACUGUCAAUAUCACCACUGCAGCAACAGGACUCGGUUUGGAGCGCGCAUGUGAUACUUUAGUGGCUCAGACUUUUGGUGGAAAGAACCUGCUGCGUGUGGGUGUUAUAUUUCAGCGAGGCAUCAUCAUCCUGCUGCUGUUCUGUCUUCCAUGCUGGGGUCUGCUCCUCAAUGCCCAGGCCAUACUGCUGCUCCUAGGCCAGGACCCUGAGGUGACCCGAAUCGCUCAGCUGUACAUUACGGCAUACCUUCCAGCAAUACCCGCCUUGUUUCUACAUUACCUGCAGGUGUCCUACCUACAGAACCAGGGUAUAAUACUUCCACAGAUGUACACUUCAGCCAUGGCAAACAUUGCCAGCGUGGUGACAAACUACGUCCUUAUUAAAGUGCUCCAUCUAGGGGUUUAUGGAUCUGCAGCAGCCAACACCUUGUCCAAGAUCUACAUCUGUGUCUUCCUGUUUGCUUACAUACGGUGGAAAAAGCUGCAUAAAACAACAUGGGGAGGCUGGUCUGUGGAGUCACUACAAGGGUGGGGAGCUUUCAUGAAGUUGGCUUUUCCCAGUACACUGAUGAUAUGUUUCGAAUGGUGGAUUUAUGAAUUUGGUGGAUUUUUUGCAGGGAUGCUGGGUAAAAAAGAGCUGGCAGCCCAGCAUGUGUUGAUAUCAGUGGCAAACAUGGUCUACAUGAUCCCGUUUGGCAUCCAGGCCGCAGCCUGCGCUCGAGUGGGCAACGCUCUGGGUGCAGGAGACACGGCAGGGGCGCUUCUCACCUGUAAGGUGUCGCUCUCGCUUACAGCUGCCUUUGCUGUUGUUGAAGGCAUAGCGCUCAUCUCUGCCAAAUCCUUGAUUGGCUUCAUCUUCACUUCUGACCCAGAGAUCACCAGUCGAGUCUCUUACGUGAUGAAUAUUUACUGCUUCCAUCAGUUCUUUGAUGGUAUUGUGGCUGUGUGCAUUGGCAUCUUUAUGGGCACUGGGAAGCAGAUGAUAGCAGCUGUGUCUAAUUUUAUUGGUUUCUACGGCAUCGGUUUAACACUCUGUCUUACGUUGAUGUUUGUUGCCAAAAUGAACAUUUUAGGUUUCUGGUUAGGACUCUUUAUUUGCGUCAUCUUACAAUCGACCUUUUACAUUUUUGUCAUAUUUCGACUGAACUGGAAGAAAAUCACAGAUGAGGCAUUGAAACGAGCCCGGGCAAAGACAAACGUGGAAUUACUAAAUACAUCUAACCAGAGUGCCGACCAGCCAGAAGACCAAGACAAUUCAGUGGAUGGCUACAUGCAAGUGACGACCAAGAGCCCCGAUGGGAACCCAAAGAGCCUAUAUGUCAUUGAGAAGAGUGUGGACCAUCUCUCCGUUUCCCAGCUGAUAAUCCGAAGAGGCAUGGCCAUAUUUAUUGUAGUGGGUCUCCUGGUUGUGGGAGUUUGUGUGCACUUCCUGCUGCCUUUGCCAGAGAGCCCGCUCUGGAAGGCCAACUUCACAAUGGAGGUGCUCAAUGCCACAUACAGUCCUUUGCAAACCUCUGUUACUCUGCUUGACUCUUCCUGAGGAGAAGCGGAUCUUAAAUCAGUCAAUUCUUUGAUUCAAGGUUGCAUUAUUCAUCAGACUAUGAGUGCAGGAGUUGAUCACACACAAUUUAUCGCUUUUUGUGCAGCUCUACACAUCAACUGUGUCAUUUAAUGUGCAGCUAAAGUCAGCUAAAGUGUGUUUUUACCUGUUUAAUGUUCUCCUUGAAUUGUAAUUUUCUUGUCAGUCCGGUCUUAGUAUGAAGCAAAAAAGAAAUAAAUACUUGCUUUUAAGAGAA